AUGGCAUGGCUGCUUCGCCCUCUUCAUCCUCCGCUGGUCGACAAUCGUCUCUCGAACUAUGAGGCAUACUACAAUCUCAAAGAGAUAAACCGGUUUUCCCAACCACCCUCGGCAGAUUCGGUUACCACCAAUGUCUCCUGCUCGUUGGCUUCUUGCCUGAGGACUCCCGCUGGAUUCUUCUUUGUCCAAGUUGGAACAGAUGUCAAUACAGGCGAGAAGAAGCUUUGCUUGUCGGCUCAAAACAGAUCUGCGGUGACAGUACACAACACCUGGGCUGAGACGCUGAAGCAAGAGCAGGAUGUGGCUGACGGUCAAUACAUGUCAUUCAUUGUGGCUGAUAUGAUUGUCCAACAAAUCAUGUACCUGCUCCCCCCGACUGGAACAGUUUUGCUUCAUGAGCCAGACCCUGGUCUGGCUUCAUUGCUGACACGGCAGUUGGCUAACAAUGGACGCAAAGUCAUUUUCAUCACGACCAGGUCUGACAAGUCGACCAGCUUGCUCUCCAGGGCAACUUGGAUCGCCUUGCACCCUCGCUCCAACAAUCGGCUAAUCAAGUCCGCACUCCCAUCUGGAGUCAGCCUCUUUAUUGAUUGUGGCCAAGAUGAAGAUGCAAUUCAUGAGGGUUCUCAUACUAAGGAUCAUGGCUUGGGCUUACGCCCACGCGAUUCUCUUUCGCAUACCUGUGUGAAGAUGGCUUUGAAAGAUCCAACGUCUCACACGGCGUCCAUGGCACCUCAGGAAGCAACAGAAGAAGCAGUCAGGCUUCUAAACAGAGUCACCACCUUUGCGGCGGCUCAAUUAAACUCCGUCCCUGACGGUGCUCCUUUAAAGGUUGCAUCCUUGGGCGAGGUCGUCUCAAGAGCCAAGACCAGGGCUCUAGCGGCUGCUCAAGGCUGUUCGACAGGGCCAUUCUGCUUGGUCAACUGGCAUGCCGAAAGCCAAGUACCGGUCUCAGUGGCCCCGGUCUGGGACCGAGACGACCUGUUCCGCCCCAAUCGAACUUACUGGAUGCUUGGUCUGACCGGUGAUCUUGGCCCGACUAUUCAUACCUAUUAG